AUGGGCUCGGUGAAGAGAAAAUCGGCGGAGGAAUCGUCUGAUUGUGCUCCGCCGCAGAAGGUUCAGAAAGAGGAUGAUUCCACUCAGAUCAUCAACGAAGAGCUCGUGGGUUGCGUUCACGAUGUUUCCUUCCCUGAAAAUUACGUUCCUCUUGCUCCCUCCGCUCAAGGAGACACCAAACCACCUGCCAAAGAAUUCCCUUUCACCCUUGACUCCUUCCAGUCUGAAGCUAUCAAGUGUCUCGAUAAUGGCGAAUCAGUCAUGGUUUCAGCUCAUACAUCUGCUGGUAAAACAGUUGUGGCUUCCUAUGCGAUUGCCAUGUCGUUGAGGGAGAACCAGAGGGUUAUUUAUACCUCUCCUAUAAAGGCACUAAGCAAUCAGAAGUACAGAGAUUUUAAAGAAGAGUUUUCUGACGUUGGUUUAAUGACCGGGGAUGUGACUAUUGAUCCUAAUGCUUCUUGCCUGGUCAUGACCACAGAGAUCUUGCGUAGCAUGCAGUAUAAAGGGUCAGAGAUUAUGAGGGAGGUUGCUUGGAUUAUUUUUGAUGAGGUGCAUUACAUGCGUGAUAGUGAGAGAGGUGUGGUUUGGGAAGAAAGUAUUGUAAUGGCUCCGAAGAAUUCUCGUUUUGUGUUUCUCUCUGCAACUGUGCCCAAUGCCAAGGAGUUUGCUGAUUGGGUUGCAAAGGUUCACAAACAACCAUGCCACAUUGUUUACACCGAUUAUAGGCCAACUCCGCUUCAGCACUAUGUCUUUCCUGCUGGAGGUAAUGGGCUUUACUUGGUUGUGGAUGAAAAGGCUAAAUUUCACGAGGAUAGCUUCCAGAAAUCUCUUAACGCACUAGUUCCUGCUAGUGAUGCUGACAAGAAAAGAGAGAAUAGAAAGUCUCAAAAGGGAUUAAUGGUUGGAAAACUUGGUGAAGAAAGUGAUAUCUUCAAAUUGGUGAAAAUGAUAAUUCAGCGGCAAUAUGAUCCCGUGAUUUUGUUCAGUUUCAGCAAAAAGGAAUGCGAGGCACUUGCUAUGCAGAUGUCUAAGAUGGACUUAAACAGCGACGAUGAGAAAGACAAUGUGGAGAUGAUUUUUACUAGUGCAAUCGAUAACCUUUCAGAUGAUGAUAAGAAGCUACCUCAGGCAAGCACUCAUUAA